AUGCAACAGACCGAAGUGGUAAAUAGAACCACCUACGUCCGGGACACCAACACCGAUGGCGAUGUGAUGCCCGACGACAUGGAAAAACAUACCCAUCACGAGCAACGUGAAGAUGAUCAUGAUCAUGAUGACGAAUCCGAAAAGGGCAAAGGCACCGUGGUCACCAACACCCACACCGAUCGAGGUCUUGUUGCCUAUCAACAGGCACUGGAGCUCGAGCCCGCUCAACUGGAGGAGCUUGCAAAGCGAGUUCGGUGGAAGUUGGAUCUCAUCUUGUUGCCACUGAUGUGCGCCAUCUACCUAGUUUCGUUCCUGGAAAAAUUGGCCCUCAACUAUGCCAACGCCUACAGCCUUCAAAGCGACCUCAACCUACAGGGGAGAGACUUUGCCUGGGCCGCAGCCAUUGUCAACGUCGGUAUCAUGGUCGGCUCGUACCCAGCCAGUCUGGCAGUCCAGAAACUACCCAUUGGUCGAAUGAUGUCAGUCAUGCUCUUCGUCUGGGGCGCCUUGUCUAUGUGUACAGCGGCCACCAAGUCCAUCGGCCCUCUACUGGGAGUUCGGUUCCUUUUGGGCUUCGCCGAAGCGACCGUCGGCCCAGCUUGGGUGAUUUUGACUAGCAUGUUCUGGACGCGCGACGAGCAGCCCUUGCGAAUGUGCUGUUGGUUGGGUAGUAACGGCAUUGCCCAGCUUCUUGGGGCGGGACUCUCGGUCGGACUGGGUAGUGUUACUGAUGGUGCCGUGCGUCCAUGGCAGUUGAUCUUCUUGGUAAUUGGAAGUUUGGCUGUGCUUCUGGGAGUCGUCUCCAUGUUCCUCCUCCCAUCGAGCCCGAUGGAUGCUCGGUUCUUGACCCCCCAGGAAAGAAUCGUCUGUGUGUGGCGCGUUUCCAGCAACCAGAUAGGGAUCAAGCAUGAAAAGUUUUUAAAGUACCAAGUCUGGGAGGCGGUUCGAGACGUGCGGGUGUGGUGUCUUGUCGUGCAACAAUUCACCAUUGGAUUCAUCAACGGCGCCGUGUCCAACUACUUCAGUGCCUUCCUCAAGGGGUUUGGCUGGUCGAGCAUGGACGCUGUCAAGUAUCAACUGCCGUUUGGUGCGAUUCAACUCACAUCGACCAUCUUCUUUGGCUGGCUGGCCUCGCGAUUCCGCAACACCACCUUCAUCAUCAUUCUCACUGUUCCGAUCUUCCCCAUUGGCGCCUUUAUCGGUUGGUCCACCAUCCCAAACGAAUACAAACUCGCCUUGACCGCCAUGACCUGGAUCCUCGCUCUCCAAAGCGCCGGCCUCAUUCUUAACUGGACGGUAAUCGCCGCAAACUUUGCCGGUCACACGAAGCGAACCACGGUCAAUGGAAUCAACUUCUUUUGCUUUUAUGCUGGCAACUUCGCUGGGCCGUUCGUCUUUGACCCAAAAGAAGCCCCUCGUUACAGGACUGCGACCAAGAUUCUCGGAGGCAUCUUGGGCUUGAUGUGGGUCGCGACCGCGGUCAUGGGUGCGGUCAUGUGGCGUAUCAACAGACGCAGAGAUGCAAAGGCUGCGGCCGGGAAUGCUGCUUACAAUCCUGCCCAGGGUGAGUUGGAGGGCUUCACCGAUCGGACUGACAAGGAGAAUAAAUCUUUCCGGUACCGGUUGUGA